AUGACCCAGGUUAUCGACGAGGUCAAGACUUUCCUUGCCUCAUCCCAAGAAACCUUGACUCUGCCGCCUAUGGAUCCGCACACAAGAAAGGGCGUCCAUGAGUUGGCGCACAAGCUCAACGUCAAGUCCAAGUCGAUCGGGGGCGGCGAUCAGCGUAGGCCAGUGCUGUACAGGACGAAGAAGACGUCAUAUAACGAGCAGGAAUUCGAGCAGAUUAUCGUGAGGAUAAGGAGAAUAUUCGGCCGCCAACCGCCAUCCAAGGCAGAUAGCAGGAAAAACAGGCAAAAUCAAAAGGGGCCAAAGGGAGGAAAGGGAUCAAGGCCAGUGGCUCGAGCUGGCGGCGCGUUCGACUAUCACGAAGGCGAAGUCAUCGGCGCGGCCGCGCCAGAGCUGGGAACCGAAAAUCGAGGCCGAGCCAUGAUGGAGAAGAUGGGUUGGAGUACCGGAACGCCUCUGGGCGCCAGCGACAAUCAGGGUAUCCUGCAUCCUGUGAGUCAAACGAUGAAGAAGAGCCGGGCAGGCCUCGGACAAGAGUAA